AAGUGAGUCACAUUCACAAAGUUGGGUAUGAAGUGAUUGAUUGCAUUGAUGGAUACACCUUUUUUUAGCUUCUUCUGCAAGAUGGCUUUCUUUAAAAAAUUUCUUGACAAAAUUUGUGAUGGUGACAGCUCCAAGGGGUCUAAAGGUGGUCCUGUCGAGACUGCUUACUUUGGAACAGUCAAACCUGAUCCUAACUUUAAUGCCCAGAACGAUGCUGAACAAUUAAAGAAAGCCAUGGAGACCAAAGAUGUGAAUGAAGCCACUAUUGUGGAGGUGAUAGCAAAGAGGACCAAUGCACAGAGACAGCAGAUCAAAGCUGCAUUCCAGCAGAGCACAGGAAAACCUCUCGUAGAUGCAUUGAAAAAGGCUCUGAAGUCAGAUUUUGAAGAGGUGGUUCUGGCUUUACUCAUGACACCAUCUGAAUAUGAUGCUUUUGAACUGAAAAGAGCCAUGAAAGGUCUUGGGACAAAUGAGGUGGUCUUAAGUGAAAUUCUGGGGACCAGAUCGAACAAGGAAAUUGAAGCAUUAAAAAAUGCUUUCAAAGAAGUUUAUGGACAGCUGCUGGAAGAACAAAUUAAAAGUGAAACUAGUGGAAAUCUUGAGACAACCCUGCUUGCCCUUUGCAAGGCUACCAGGAACGAAAACUAUGACAUUGAUAAUGGACUUGCAAAGAGUGAUGCAAAGGCUCUGUUUGAUGCAGGAGAGAAUCGGAUUGGCACUGUGUGUUCUGUCCUGAUUAAUGUUCUGACUACCAGAAGUGAAGCCCAGUUGUGCAAAAUUUUCAAGUAUUAUGGCCAAUACAGCAAAGACAGUUUUGCAAAAGACCUGGAGAGUGAGCUGCAUGGAAGCCUUGAGGAUUGUCUUAUGACCCUCGUAAAGGCUGCCUGGAACAAACCGGCCCUGUUUGCAGAAAAGCUUCACCUGGCUAUGAAGGGCAUGGGAACCAACACUGACACACUGACUAGAAUCAUUGUGGGUCGCUCAGAAAUUGACCUGCUAAAAAUCAUUCAAGAGUACAAGAGGAUGUACGGCAUAACGCUUCAGGAACAGAUUCUGAAGGAAACUGCUGGAGAUUAUGAGAAGAUUCUUCUGGCAAUAUGUGUUUUAAAGGACGUUACUGUUCCCAAAAUUAUUUCAGACCCAUUCUUACUACCUGAAGAGUGGAACAGCUUCAAAUCUCACAACAUGGACUUCCUAAAGAAAUUCACCCAGCAAGUUCAGGAUGACAGCACCAUGGGGUUUAAAGGCCCUCCUACUGAGACAGGAUACCUUGGAACAGUCAAAGCUGAUCCUAACUUCAAUGCCCAAAGUGAUGCUGCAAGAUUGAAGAAAGCCAUAGAGACCAAAGGUGUGGAUGAAGCCACUAUUGUGGAGGUGAUAGCAAAGAAAACCAAUGCGCAGAGACAGAAGAUCAAAGAAGCUUAUCAGCAGAGCACAGGAAAACCUCUGGUAGAAGCACUGAAAAAAGCUCUAAAGGCAGAUUUCGAAGAGGUGGUUCUGGCCCUGCUUAUGACACCCCCGGAAUAUGAUGCUUUUGAAAUGAAAAGAGCCAUGAAGAGUUUUGGGACAAGUGAAGAUAUCCUAAGUGAAAUUCUGGGCACUAGAACAAAAAGUGAGAUAGAAGCAUUGAAGAGAUCUUUCAAAGAAGUAAAUGGAGAGCUGCUGGAGGAGGAAAUUAAAUCUGAAGUUAAAGGAGACCUGGAGACUACUCUGGUUGCCCUUUGCAAGGGUACCAGAAGUGAAGACCGUAAUAUUGAUGAUGGUCUCGCUAAAAGUGAUGCAAAGGCUCUGUUUGAGGCAGGUGAGAAUCGAAUCGGCACCGUGUGCUCCGUUAUGAUUGACAUUCUCACAACCCGUAGUGAAGCUCAGUUGUGCAAAAUUUUCAAGUACUACAGCGAACUGAGUAAAGACGGUGUUGCAAAAGACCUAGAGGGUGAGCUGACGGGACACAUUGAGGAUUGUCUCAUGACCCUCGUGAAAUCUGCCUGGAACAAACCCGCCUACUUUGCAGAAAAGCUCCACUUGGCAAUGAAGGGUUUGGGAACCAACACUGACACAUUGACUAGGAUCAUUGUUGCUCGUUCAGAAAUUGACCUGCUGAAAAUCAUGCAAGAGUACAAGAGGAUGUACGGCAUAACACUUCAGGAACAGAUUCUGAAAGAAACUGGUGGAGAUUAUGAGAAGAUUUUGAUGGCAAUCUGUGGCGCUCCAUAACCAUCUAAAACUGUCACAUUAAAACAUUUAUCUGUCCAUCACAAAAGCCUACGGUAUAACCUCUGUAAACACCAUUUAACCUUCCCAUGGUGUUAUUUAUAAAGAGUGUUUUAUUAAAAUAAAAAUGCUUGUCAUUGUGGAAUGUUAUUUUGCUCAAUAAAUUCAGUUGACCACC